AUGGGGCAGGCAGUGACGCGCUGCCUCGGAGCCAGAGCCCGCGCAGCGCCCUUCAAGACGAUGGACGGCCGAGCCCCGCGCGUGCAGGACGCUCCGGCGGCGCUCCCGCCGGCCGCACCCGCAGGGAGAAAGCCAAAAGCCAAGGCACCACUUCCUCCAGCUGAGACCAAAUGCCUUGAUGCCUCUUCAGUUGAUGAUUCUGUAGAAUCUUCUGCUUUUAUCAUGGAUCAGAAAGAGAACAUGAUGGAUAAAGACAUUGAACUCUUGGUGGUUCUACCUGGAGAUAUUAUCAAGUCUACUACUGUUAAUGGCAGUAAACCUAUGAUGGACUUGUUGAUUUUCCUCUGUGCACAAUAUCACUUAAAUCCAUCAAGUCACACAAUUGAUCUGCUCUCAGCUGAAAAGAACCCCAUUAAAUUUAAGCCAAACACACCAAUAGGAAUGUUGGAGGUGGAGAAAGUAAUUUUAAAGCCAAAAACUCUGGAUAAGAAAAAACCUACACCUCUAAUACCAGAGAAAACUGUGAGAGUAGUGAUCAAUUUUAAGAAAACGCAGAAGACAAUAGUGAGAGUUAGCCCACACGCACCACUUCAAGAACUUCUCGCCAUUAUAUGCAGCAAAUGUGAGUUUGAUCCAUUACACACACAGUUGCUGAAGGACUAUCAGUCUCAGGAGCCCCUUGACUUGACAAAAUCUCUUAAUGAACUGGGACUGAGAGAAUUAUAUGCCAUCGAUGUCAGCAAAGCCACUUCUGUUACUGCCUUCAAUAAGUCAUCUUUACAAGAGUCCUGCCACAUAUCACAAAACCUAGACCUUAUGAAGGAUAAAGAAAGUAAAGGGUUUUUCAGCUUAUUUCAACGCAGUAAGAAAAAGCGGGAGCAAACUGUCAGUGCCCCUGCGACUCCUCUAGUAAGUAAGCACCGGCCAACUUUUACAAAGAGCAAUACCAUUUCCAAGCAGUAUAUUUCAAACACCCUGCCGUCGGAUGCCCCCAAGAAGAGGCGUGCUCCACUGCCUCCAAUGCCAGGGCCUCAGAGUGCCCCCCAGGACCCUGCGCACAUUCAGGAGAGGCCAGCUUCUUGUAUGGUGAAAUCCCCGAGUGUGGAUGAAACAGAGGAGAGUUCCUAUGGAGCAGGCAGGGUGAGGACGGGUUCUCUGCAGCUCAGCAGCACAUCCGCUGGGAAUUCAUCUUUGAAAAGGACAAAGCGAAAAGCACCUUCCCCGCCCUCGAAAACAGCCCUGCUGCAAAGCGAUGAGAACAGUCAUGUGACUGCCACGCAGUCAGUACCUGCAGUUCCUACCGACAGUGGCGUAGAAGUGAGCUCUUCUGAGGGCCUGUCCAGCCCAGAAGCCUCCCUCGGCCCUGGGAACGAACAGUGCGCUGUGUCCCAGCUGCCCGCCGAAGCCCCUGUCUCGGGGUGCCCUGGAACGCCUGAGGCUGCUGCCACAUCUCUGCCCUCUGGAAUAAGCUCUGAUUAUAGCCUUGAAGAGAUAGAUGAAAAGGAAGAACUGAGUGAAAUGCCUAAAGAUGAGGCUGAAAAUACUUUUCUGAAGUCACAAGACAUUCCUACUGUAUCUACUGAUAUAAUAAAUACACUGAAAAAUGAUCCUGACUCAGCCCCUGGCAGUGCUGCUGGAGAGUCCUCACAAAACUCCGAAGAAGAAAAGCAAGGAACUAGAAACACAGAUGAACAAAGGCCACACAUUGUGGUAUAUAAUUCAAGCGACAAAGAGACGGUAGUUGACAGUGUAAGAAACUUUAAGUCACUGGACCCAAACCAAGAGAAAGCAGAUCAACAUGAAAUAAUUGUCAUUCCAACAGACAGAGAAAAUAAUAUGAAAAAUGGAGAGAGGGGAACAGAAAUCAAUGUAGCAGGUGUUGCCAAAAAUAACAACGUGGACAUAGAAGUUGACAGACUAUCAAAUUAUCAGGCAUAUAAAACUGAUACUGCUGGAUGUUACAAAGAAAAUCAUCUUUCUGUUUCAUCAGCACCAGAUCAAAACCUGAUUCAACCCAGUGCAGAAAAGACAAAAAUGCAAGAUGCGGCAAUUCAGACAAUCCCUGCCUGUGACAGUUUUGAUGGGGAUCAGCAAGAUCAUAAUUUGUCUGACGUCAAAGUUGAUGAAAGUGUGCAAACUUCAAGUAACAACAAAUCAACUCAACGCUUCUCUUUGAGCCCACAAGAUUCUGUAGAUAUCUCAAGAGAAUUCAGGAGUCAAGGCCCCCUUGUUGUACAUACAGAGGAGCAACUCACCAUAAAAGAUCCAUCUUGUGCAGGUGGUAAUGACAAUCUUUUGCCUCCUAUAGAUGGAACUGAUAAAAAUUCAACAGCUUCUUAUGUAAAGAAUUAUCCAUUUUACAGACAAGAUUAUAUUCCCAAGCCAAAACCUUCAAAUGAAAUUACAAGAGAGUACAUACCCAAAAUUGGGAUGACUACUUAUAAAAUAGUGCCUCCCCGAUCCCUAGAAAUAUCCAAAGAUUGGGAAUCGGAAACCAUAGGGUAUAAAAAUGAUCAAGAGAUACAUACUUUAGGGAAAAAGGACACUUAUGAGAAUGUAAAAGAAACGACAAUCCAAACAGAAGAUCUCGUCAUUUCUGAAAGCCCAAAGGAGUCACAAGCAGACCUGAAAUCAAAGCCUACCCUGAGAACAGAGCAGCAGAUGCAAAGUGAGGAGAGCUUAACCAGCAGCAGAACGGCGAAUCCUCUGAAGCCUCCCAGAAUGACGAGUGACACUGGCACGGCUCCUUUUGCGCCAAAAUUGGAAGAUAUAAACAAUAUUUUGGAGUCAAAAUUUAAAUCGCGGGUUUCAAAUCCCCACUCCAAACCAAGUGCUUUUUUCUUGCAGAUGCAAAAAAGAGUUUCAGAUCACUAUGUGACAUCUGCAGCCGCCAAGAGUGUUCAAGCUGCCUCUAAUCCUGCUCCAAAGGGAUUAAUGAAGAAAGAGGUGGAAAGAGAUACAAUACCUCCUCCAGAGCCAGCUCUUUCUCCCUUAAGUAAAACUAUUCAAUCUCUUCCACAGACACACAUUCAAAACACUGAUGAUGACAGCAAUCAGAAGCCUACCCAAACCUCUCCUUCUCCUGUGGCCUCUCCGCCGCCUCCACUUCCUCCUCCUCCCGUGGCCGCCCCCCUUCCCCCUCCUCCCGUGGCCUCCCCCCUUUCCCCUCCUCCCGUGGCCUCCCCCCUUCCCCCUCCUCCCGUGGCCUCCCCGCUUCCCCCUCCUCCCGUGGCCGCCCCGCUUCCCCCUCCUCCCGUGGCCUCCCCCCUUUCCCCUCCUCCCGUGGCCUCCAAACCUGUUCCUCUGCCCAAGAGUCAGUCAGCAAUGCUGAAUCUGAAAACUCUGAAAACUUUUGGUGCCCCACGACCAUACUCCAGCUCUGCUCCUUCACCAUUUGCCCUCGCCGUGGUGAAACGGUCACAGUCUUUCAGCAAAAGCCCUACAGAGUCAUGCAGUGAGGAGGUCAAGGGUGCCUCUGCCAGAACGCCAACUGAUGCAGAGAAAGGGAAGAUUCCUUCUGUAAAUACAUCUGGGAACAUGCCACAACUAGGUGUGAGUGAUAAGGAAAAUAACUCUGCGCAUAAUGAACAGAAUCCUCAAAUACCAUCUCCAACUGACUGCCCGUCGGUCACCCUUAAGAGACAAAGUUCUUUGACAUUCCAAAGCUCUGACCCAGAACAGAUCCGACAGAGUUUGCUGACUGCCAUUCGUUCUGGAGAGGCUGCUGCCAAAUUGAAAAGGGUUACAGUUCAAUCAAAUACAAUAUAUGUGAAUGGAAAGUCAAGACUCAGCCGUUCUGUGUCCCUUGAUUCCCCGGGUAACCGUUAAAUGUUGCCCUGCCAUGCCACACUUCACCACCUCUGCUGCGCAGAACAACU